AUGACUCCACGACCGUCCCUGAUGCCGCCCGUCGAGGGCUCCUUCCUCUCGUCAGGCGCCUUUACCCCGUCGGGGCUCACACCCAACACACGCUCUGAAGCUGAAGCUGCCUUCACGUCCAACAGCACCGCGCAGACCGAUGCAGCAGCUCCUGACCCACGCUUGCUUCCGCUCAUGGGUGCUGGAGGCGGCAACGAACAGUCAGAUGAUGGCGUCGACGAGGCCCACAAAGCUUAUCGCCGACGCGGAAUCACUCGUACAAGCUCCACCAACUACGAGAACGCGUUGAAGAGGGCCAAGGAAGCUUCUGUAUCGUCGAAUAGGUCGGUCGAUUCAGUGAGCGAGGGCAUUGCUACUGGCCAAACGAUUGCGUCGCCUGCAUCGACUACUACGCCAUUCCCACCACCCGGUCAGGGAGUAGUACCGCUCAACUACGGCUCCUCACCCGUUGGUGUCGCCCAGGGUGACUCGGCCAAGAAGACACGCUCGCGAGGAUUGAGCCUUAGUGGGCUUGCUCAGCAACAGGGCUGGAAUGAGCAGGACUAUAAGCGCGUCUAUAGUACUGAUCUCAUGGAAGAGGACCCCAAGAAUGCAGCCGGCUAUGACUCAGGAUCGAACCCUCAGGCUGCGUAA